CGCAGCUGCGAGGCUGGUCUCCGCUGUUACGUCUCUGCCCGCCUCUCCCCCACCCCUCCUCUGGUCCAAGUCCCCCCACCGCAGCGGCCACCACUCCAUCCGAGUCUCUUCGACUCCAAGCCGUUCCGCUCCCCCUGUUCCGCGCGACGCCGAUGCACCCCAAGCUGCCGCGGGCCGCGCGCAGGCUCCUCUGCUGCGGCGGGGCCGCCGCGUCCCCGGAGGAGGACCUGUCUGACGAAGGAAGGCGAUCGUUGAGGUGGGUGUUCUCGUUGAGAGAACUUCGAUCAGCAACAAACAGCUUCAAUUACGAUAACAAGAUCGGAGAAGGGCCACUUGGGAGCGUGUAUUGGGGGCAAGUCUGGGAUGGUUCUCAGAUUGCUGUCAAGAGGUUAAAUAACGCAAAGAACGGCACAGAAGCCGAAUUUGCUUCAGAAGUCGAGAUACUGGGAAGAAUAAGACACAAAAACCUCCUGAGCUUCCGUGGAUACUGUGCGGACGGACCCGAGCGCGUUCUGGUGUACGACUUCAUGGCAAACUCAAGCCUGUAUGCACAUCUCCAUGGACCGCAUUCCGCGGAGUGUCUCCUCGACUGGCGGAGGCGAGCGUCUAUCGCCAUGGGCACCGCUCGGGCUCUCUUGUACCUUCAUCGCCACGCAACGCCUAAGAUAAUCCACGGAAGCGUCAAGGCCACCAACGUGCUGCUGGAUUCAGACUUCCGGGCGCACGCUGGCGAUUUCGGUCUGGCAAGGCUUAUUCCCGACGACGGAACGGACCACGAAAAGAUAGCCAGCAGCGAGAGCCAGCGAGGCUACCUUGCUCCCGAGUACGCCGCCAUGUCCGGCAAACCAACUGCAGGCUGCGAUGUAUACAGCUUCGGGAUCAUACUGCUGGAGCUUGCGAGCGGCAGAAGGCCAGUCGAGAAGUCGGGUUCUGGCAAGGCUUGUGGAAUCCGAAGCUGGGUGCUCCCGCUCGCAAGGCAGGGCAGGUACGACGAGAUUGCGGACUCAAAGCUGGGCGACAAGUUCUCUGGACCUGAGCUGAGAAGGAUGGUGUUGGUCGGUCUAGCGUGUACACGUUCAGAACCUGAAAAGAGACCCACGAUGCUUCAAGUCGUGCCGUUGCUGAAAGGCGAGUCGAAAGAAACGCUUGUUAAGCUUGAAAGGGAGGAGUUGUUCAGCCCAGACUCGACGACGGUGAGUUCGCAGGGAACACCGACCCCAGAUGGGAGCACGGACUCUGCGCCGCCGCUGAAGAAAGAUAAAGAACUGGUUGGGGCGUGAGUUGCGAUAUAUUGCUGUUCUAGGAGAUUGUAGAGUGCGUAUUUGUGGUAUUGAUGAUUAGUCUGUGCGGUUUGACGUGAAUGGGAAUUGUAUAGGCAUUGUUUUUUUCUAAGUUUUUUUUUUCUGUCCCUUUUGAGGGAGUAAGGAAGAGCCGGCGGGCUGGAGUACUCUGUUGCUUUGCAGCUUUUUGGUUCAUUAUGCUUCGUCU